UUACCAUUACUCUCUCUUUCUCUCUCUUUUCCUUUCUUCCUUUUCCCCAGGUUUUUAUUGGAAAAGAAAAACAAGGUCUCGUCCCUUUCCAGGUGCCGUAACAGCUCCACUUUCUUCCCCUUCUUCACCAUCAUUCCUUUUCAUCAACUCCACUUACCCUUCUCUCUCACCGCAUCACUCCAUCAACAACACACAAAAACAACCUCAAACAACACAAAAAAGAAACAACUUCCCCUUUCCGCUUCUUCACACUCCCACCUGAUUUCACUACCUAUAUUCUCAUUUUCAAUAAACUGUUGCAUGAUUUGCACUGCGUGCUAGAUCUCACACCAUGUCCUCUACUUUUUAAACUUUGCUUCUGUGCAAAUUCUCUGCUUAUAUAUAUAUAUAUAUAGUUGCUGACUGAGAAGAGUGGUUUUCAGUGGAGAGUAGCUAGGGAUAUAUAUCGAUGGAAAACUUUUACAAGCUCAACUCUCUCCUAUCUUGUACCGAGGAUGUUGUUAGAGGAGUCAACGUCAACGUUUCCUCCGCCGCCGCAUCUGAAUUGAAUCUAGGACUUGUGGCCAAUAACUUCCUUCAGCUAGAAGAGCCAGAAAGUUCCGAUAUGUCGGAACGAUUCAUCAAGACCCAGAUCGCCACUCACCCUCUUUAUCCAAAUCUAGUAUCUGCUUACAUAGAAUGCCGAAAGGUUGGAGCACCGCCGGAACUCGCUUCACUUCUUGAAGAAAUAGCCCGUGAAAGCCACCCAACGCAUGCUCUUCGUGAGAUAGGAGACGAUCCCGAGCUUGACGAGUUCAUGGAAUCGUACUGCGAAAUUCUUCAUAGAUACAAGCAGGAGUUGUCCAAGCCAUUCAACGAAGCGACCUUGUUUUUGUGUAGUAUCGAAUCACAACUCAGCAAUCUUUGUAAGGGAACACUUACAUUGCCACUGGAUAACAACCGCUCAGAUGAGGCGGCUGGGACGUCAGAAGAUGAAUUGAGUUGGGAGAAGAUGGAAACAGUGGAAGGUGUGGAGGAAUCUUCUGGGUCUCGUCCCGGUGAUCAAGAGCUUAAAGAAAUACUCCUUCGUAAGUAUGGUGGUUAUCUUAGCAGCUUAAGAAAGGAAUUUUUGAAGAAAAGGAAAAAGGGUAAACUUCCGAAGGAGGCAAGGAGGAUACUCUUGGACUGGUGGAGCACUCACUAUAGGUGGCCUUAUCCUACGGAGGAGGAGAAAGUGCAACUAUCAGAAAUGACAGGACUUGAUCAAAAGCAGAUAAACAAUUGGUUCAUCAACCAAAGGAAACGGCAUUGGAAACCAUCUGAAGACAUGCGAUUUGCGAUUAUGGAUGGUGUAAGUGGCAGCGCCAUAGGUAGAGGACAUAUGUAGUUUAUUUCUGCACUGGAAAUGAACCACCAAGUUGAUUUUUGCUACUUCUACCUCGUACUCCAGUGAUGAUGUGUGCAUACGCUGUUGAUUUUUGUUACUUCUACCUCGUACUCAUACCUUGUAUUCCUCUAGAAAUGUUAAAUUUUUUGAACCUGCUUUUGAAUGCUGCAAAGUGUGUAUAUGUGCAAGAGUGUAACAACAGUAGCUAAUAUAUAUAGCCGACAAUAACGAUAAUCGAUCAAACGUUACUGAAUCAUUAUUUUAUUACAAUAUAUAUGUUAUACAUUUAUGUCUUGCA